GUCCUCCUCUUCCUUUUGGGAUUGUCCCUUUCUUGCCCUAGACGCCGAAAUUCCCGCUCCCCAUCGGCUUCUCAGUGAAGUAGAGAGCGAAAGGUUCGAAAUUGGGAUGUGGGCAGUGCUUGAAACUCCCGCUGAGCUCGAACCUGGGUUUGUGGUUCUCGUGGGUUGAGCUCAGCGACUUCGUCCAAUCCCUGAAGGCUAGUCUUUUUCCGAACUGAUUUUGAGGUGCCCUUUUCCCCUUUUUUUUCGUGGGUGGAAGAUUGGAAGCGCUCUGCGGUUCUGUUUACCCCCUUUAGAUGCAGUUCAGUUUGAUGGAGGAUGAAAGCUUGAUGCUUUCUAAUAUGUAAAUUCAGUUUAGGUUGAUGGGUCGUUGCUGUUACUUGAUUUGGGCCGUGCUUGAUUUGACCAUGGAAAUGCACGAGGUGCUUCGAUGGCAAACCGAAAACGAAAUGAGGUUUGAAGGGCGUGAUGAGCUGCUCGGAAAGGGUUUAGUGUCGCUUGAGGCAAUCGGAUGAUUGCUAGAAUGUUUGGCAGAGUAGAAAAAAAUUUGUCGUGGCUAGCAAUGUAUUUAAUCGCGUUGAAGAUUGUCUCCACUCUGUUGAUCAUUUCGUUUUAGGUUUGGCUCAAGAAUCUUUGUUACUUCUUUGCUCAUAUACUGAUUGUGUUCUUUUGCUUUGCCCUGCUGUCACGGGAUUCCUGGCGGCCAUUUUUUCCACAGUUCUGGCUGGGCUUGCUUUUAUGUUUUCAUCCAGCAUCAUGCUACAGAUCUUGGCCUGCGCAUUGUACAAUAAUUGGUGGCCAAUGCUAUCAGCUCUAAUGUACGUCUUGGUGCCCAUGCCUUGUCUAUUUUUUGGAGGCGGGUCAACUCAGUUUUUGACCAGUCGAGAUGGUGGAGGCUGGAUUGAUGCUGCUAAAUUUUUGACUGGAGCAUCGUCUGUUGGAAGCAUAGCUAUUCCUAUAAUCCUCAGACACGCGAAUCUGAUUAACACGGGAGCUAUGUUCAUCGAGUUCACAUCUUUCUUCAUAUUUGUCUUCACGGUACUGUGCUUUCACCGGGCCAGCCUUGAUGAUGAGUGGUGAUGAAUCCUGAUGCCAGAUUGAAUAGAUCAAACGUGAGACUCUGAUGUGCAGUUGGAAAGGAAUACAAAUACUAUACCCUGUAAAUCUUUGUUGGAAUAUGCUCAGUUGGCAAAUUUGAACGAUAUAACUUUUGCUCGUGAUGUGAACCUCUUUUCUUUUUCUGUGUGUUCUAGUGAUGUCGAGUUCUUUGCUUAAAGAUUCUUCAACACCAAAAUCAGAAUAGUCAUUUAGUGAUUCUGUUUUGAUUAGCA